AAUAAACAUUUUUUUUAUUCAAACAUCAUCCAAACAACUUUUUUCUUUUUUUUUUAUUUUAUUAAGCGUGCAAAUUUAUGCAUACUUAGAACAAAGAACUCUCAUUUGCAUAAACACGUACAUUUUUUUUUUAAUAUAAAGAAUAUCAUCACUCGACAGGAGAAGAUUCAUUUUGAUUUCUGUUGUUUUUUAUUCCCUGUGAUUUUGUCCAUCUUCAGUGUUUUGCUUUAAUUCAGCUUUACGGGUGAAUCCCGUGAAUCUGGCAACCCGGGUGAAGCGGUUGUCAUGGUGACGGAGUGAAAUGGCGCAGCUGCUGGGAGAGACGGUGUUUGAGAUUAGUUCUCAGGGACCUGCACCGAUUAAAGACUAUUUCUAUUUCCAGAUCACUCAGACAGAGGUGAUUUGGCGAUGGUGGAAGAUUUCCUUUCGACCGAAUUCCUACAACACGAGACCAGGAGAAGUGAGAGAGUCACACGGCGAGUAUCUGGACGACACGCGGCUGCAGGGUCAGGUGUUGAUGGUGUUUGGUCCUCAUGUGCUGCAGUACUCUAAGUGUCUGUGUCAGGGUCAGUACGAUUAUCUCCAGCGUCUGCCAGAUCCUUUACUCCUCCGCAUCACGGCACAUUUAGAGCUGGAGGACGUGGCGCGUCUCGCAUGCACCUGUCACAGGUUUAAACAGCUCUAUAGCUCGGAGCAGUUUUGGGAGCAGACGGUACGCCUGCACUGUGACACGGUGACCCCCGGGAUGGAGGAUCUGGCCCGAGACGUGGGAUGGAAGCGUGUUUUCUUCACCAACAAACUCCAGCUCCAGAAGCAGAUCCGCCGCCGCAGAGCAGGAAAUCCACUCACACACACGGGAGAUUUACUCAACAUCACGUCCGGCCGAUAACACACACGCUCACACGUCAUACGAAACCGUCACCGUGACGUCAUCACGCCGAGCCAGAGCUUUGUACCGGGAAAUAUAUAUACGCUAAUUUACACUUUAUAUUAGUUUUAAACGUUAAAGACGAAUUAUUUCAUCAUUAAAUCAAUCGUGCGAUUCUGUUCGACAUCGGAAUGUCUCUCAACAAUUUUAUUAUUUUUAUUCAAGAAUGUAAAAAAAAAGAGGUUUUAAAUGGAAUUGAAUAUUCAUUCGCUUCUUUUUAAACCUUUUGUAAACACAUCGUUUAGAAGUUUUAGCUCGAUUAGUUUGAUGACACCUACACAAAUAAUAACAGGAUUAAAGCGCAUC